GGCUUAGAUAACUUUAAAAGUGGGGGGAGUGGAUACAUUUGUGACGAAUACAAAAGGGGUGAGGUCUGGCCAUGGCAGCUCGGUAGAGCCUCCUUGUCCAGGGGCACUGUACCUCUGCAUAGCAGGUGCUGGAGGCCAUCCAUGGGGGCUCAGUUGCCUUCAGGUCCUUAGUGUAGCUGCCAACUGUCGGAAGCAAGGUGCUGGGCUAGGCGGAGCCAUUUUUUCUGGUCUAGCAGGGGUGGUGGUUUGGUUUUUAGGGUCCACACGCUGCCCCUCCUCUGAAACCCUCCUUGUAGUUUUCAGAAAGAUGGUUCAGUCAGAGUCUCUCCUGCCCCAAGCCCAUCGAGACAGAUCAAACUUCUUCAGAAAGUGCUGUGGUGUUCUUCAGUGCUGGAAAUUGCUAGGUCAGCCUGCCUAAACCAACCCUCUGUUUCCAGGAGCGGAUGCGGCACCCCAGGAGAAGGGCCACAGCCGAGCGACAGAGUGGCCGCUCUGCCUGCAAAAUGCCCUGGUGCAGGCCCCGAUCCCUGCCCGUCGAGGCAGGCAAUGCUGUGCCGAGUGGACCAACGGGUGGACUCGCCAUAUGCUGACUUAAAUCCGCCGCUUACUCAGAGCCCGGUGGAUUAGAAUUUUUGUGCGUGGAAGGGCCCUAAAGCCAUGUGGCAGAGCCCCUGCUCGGUACGCCAAAGAUCCACCCAGUUCCCUGCUUCUCCGUGCGGGGCUUGGAAAGAGCCUUGCCUGGAACGCUGGGGAGGGAUGAAGCCAGGUGGGCCCGGGCGGCGGAUGCCCCUUCUGUUCUGAGCAAACCUGGUUUCUUCCCUAGGAUCGGAGAGGCGAAAGUAGGCAAGGAGGCCAUUUAGCAAGCCUCCAUCUCUUUGUGCCUGAAUGGCUUGAUUCUGCUUUAAAGCCUCCCGAAUCACUGGCUGCAUUAACUCUUGGGGGCCUGGUCCAGUGACGAUGCCUCACUUUGGAUUCGAGGAUGCUCAAGGAGAAUGUGCUCUUGACUGAGUACCGGGAUGGGAAUAUGGGCGCAGAGCAUAAGCAAGCAGAAGAAAGCUCUUGGGCCGCUUGUCUGUGGCUGCGUGCAGGCCCUGAAUAGGCCUCUGCGGGCUUCCAAAGUUGCCCCGUCCUGGUCAGGAACACGCCAGUUCCUCUUCCCAACCUGAGAACAAAAAAUGGUCAGCAGCAGCGAUACCACAUGGCUGACGGGUGCCUCUUCCCGCGGAGUUGAUCAAGGUCCUCCCUUCCCCCGUUUCAUUCCUUGGCUUUAAAAAAUAUAUUUUGUUCAGGUCCUCCCUCUCACUCUUUCUGUGCCUCCUUUUCGAAGCACCUCCUGCUGCCAUCAUCCCGACUCCUCAAUUGCUGUAAAGAAGCCGAAGAUACCUCUGCACGCUCGAUGGCUGGAAGUAAAACGGAGGGGAAACUUGACAGCAGCAGUAAAUGCCCUGGAAAGUAGCAGGAGUUAAUAUCUCACCUUUCUGGAGUAGCUGGAGAGGCAGGGAUGGGUUGAAAAAGUGGAAGCCACCAAAACAGGCCAGUUCAGCACUUAAAACGGAAAGGUGUACAUUGCAAGCGGGGGGGGGGGGGAUGUACCCACCUUUUGGUGCUGCCCCUCUUGCUGCUGUUUCGCCCUUCAUGCGCUUUUCCGCUGACAGCCAAGCCUUGGGUUUCUGGCCACCGUGGGUUGGCCUGCAUGCGCUUCAGCCUUUGACUGGACGGCCUUGCGCCAAGCGAGGACGUGGCAGGGGGCUUGCAGCGCUUGCAACGGGCCUGCGAAACAGAAGCCGCGCAUUGCAGGUGCCAUUUUCAGGAGCCACAGCCCUCCUGCACUGUCUGGAAGCUCCAAGAAUAACACUGGAAAUGACCAAAAAGGGGUACCGGAAAAGACACCGGGAGGUGAUUCGUACCGGAACCGGCUUUGGGUCUGAGGGGGAGAACAACCCACGAUGAGCCCAGUUGUGUGUUGGGAGCACUGUGGGUUGUGCAGUGAACAAGCAGCCCCCUGUGGCUCGCCUGCAGGGUGGGCUUCGCCGGACCCAUGAACUCGCCAGAGAUGAAUCUUGAACAAGACCCGAUCGAAGCUCCUCUCGGCCUUUAGGCACAUACAAGCAGGGGAAUCGCUGCACAGAGCAUAAAGGUGGCGGAAUAUGGCCGUCUUCCCCCAGACUGGGACCCUCCAGGCUUGCUUGACUGCAACUCCCACGACUCCCAGGAAUGAUGGGAUUUGAGUACACCUGGAGAGCUCCGCACUGGGGAACACCCUUCAGCAGCAGACGGUGGUUCCUCCAAGGCAGUGAUCCUUGCAGAAAAGAGCGUGACACGUCUUUGACCGUGACGGUGUUACCAUUCCUGAAGUGUCUGGUUCCUCGGUUUUUCCCUCCCUCGAGUCCGUUCCUCCCACUUCAGCCAUUUUCACUGAAGAGGUCUUUCUCAAGUUUCGGUUUUCCCAGCUCAGACAUAGCCUAAAGGUGUUUUGGUCACUCUUCGGGCUACCGAGGCCUCCAGGCAAGCCCCAGGCUUGGAGGCUGGCGCCCACACAUGAACCCGGCACUGAGGUUUCUGGAGUGACUGAGCCGUGGAUCCCUUUGCAGGCUCUCGGGGAGGGGUCCAUCAGCGGCAGCUGCUGAAGGAGUUGAUGGAGGACUACACGCCGCUGGAAAGGCCGGUGGGGGACGACGCGCAGCCCAUCACCAUUCACUUCACGCUCAGCCUCUUGCAGAUCCUGGACAUGGAUGAGAAAAACCAAGUUUUGACCACCAACGUUUGGUUGCAGAUGUACUGGUAUGAUCAUUACCUGCGAUGGAACGAGUCGGAAUACCCCGGCGUCAAAACUCUCCGGUUCUCUGCUGACCAGGUGUGGACCCCGGACAUCCUUUUAUACAACAGUGCCAACGAAGACUUUGACUCCACCUUCCACACCCACGUCUUGGUCAACUCCAGCGGCUAUUGCCAGUGGCUGCCCCCAGGCAUCUUGAAAAGCACCUGCCGGAUCGAUGUCCGCUGGUUUCCCUUCGACACCCAGAAGUGCGAUCUCAAAUUCGGCUCUUGGACCUAUGACGGCUGGCUACUCAACCUCCGUAUGCUGGAGAUGGACACCUCUGGCUACGUUGCCAAUGGAGAGUGGGACCUCAUGGGCGUACCUGGCAGCGAGAACAAAGUUUUUUACGAAUGUUGCCAGGAGCCCUACCUGGAUGUCACCUUCGUGGUGACCAUGCGCCGACGGACACUCUAUUAUACCCUCAACAUGCUGGUUCCUUGCUUGCUUCUCUCUGCAAUGGCGUUCCUUGUAUUUCUUUUGCCAGCUGACUCCGGAGAGAAGAUUUCUUUGGGCAUCACUGUCCUCCUCUCGCUCACGGUCCUCAUGCUGCUUGUGGCCGAAGUCAUGCCCGCCACCUCAGACUCCGUUCCGCUCAUAGGGCAAUAUUUUGCCACCACGAUGGGCAUGGUGGGCUCGUCUGUGGCAGCCACAGUCUUUGUGCUCCAGUAUCAUCACCACGACCCUGACGGCGGCUGCAUGCCAAGAUGGGCCCCAGGAUUCCAGCAGCCGAGCCUCCGGGUGCAGGGCAGCCGCUUAGGAUCAUCCAAGUAGCUCCUUCUGCCCUUUUGGUUUGUCUCCGAGGGCCGCGGAGCCCCAGCCUUCAAUGGGACGUGACAGGACUUACCAGUGUCUCACUGGAGAACGGGAGGGGGCAAGAAUCUGUCCUGAACUUUGUGCAUUUCACCGUACUUGGUAGGCCCUGGAAGGAUGCGAGGCAGAGGAGAACUGGCUCGCGUCUUUCUGAUCCUGAAUGGCAACUGGGCAGGGGUUGUGCUUCUGCCCCUGAGCCCUGUUUUGACCCUGAUUGCAUCCGUAUUUGGGGCCACCUUCUCCUUGGGUUCCUCACCCCACUUUAAAGCUCACGACUGCUGCUAGGAUAAUCCGUCAGACGCCAGAAAAGAGUGCAAAAGCCUGCAGUCAUGGGGGCGGGAGGUGGGUGGGCACAGGACACCAACCCACGAGGUGGUUGGCUUCCUCUCGUUCCAAAUAGUAACGGCUAAUGAUUAGCCCCUUCGCCCCCAGAUGUCCUGUGGAGCCCACUGCCGAGGGUGUUUGGUCUCCAGAGGGCAUGAGCCGCUGCCCCAACGAUGAUGCCGUUUAGCGACUAGAAAUACAGACACGCACGCACCAACGACGACGACAAAAAGAAAGCAAAACACAGGAGAAACCCACAACGACGACAGUAACAACGACGACAAAAAAAGAAAACAGGAAGGAGGAGAGAAAGAGAGAGAGAGAGACAGAGAGAGGCCUUUGGAAGCUUUAAAUUCUCAUUUACAGAACAGCUCACGGGCCAGGCAGUACAACAGCAGGAGAGAUUCCCGAGGCAGCAGCGGUUGCCAUGGAACAACCAAUCAGGAAUCUCGGUGAAAGCGAGUCCGGAGGCUACGUGGGAGUGACCUCGGGAUGGCGGAUCGGGAACCCCGUGUGGCACAGGCAGCGGAGGGUGGGAGUGGCAGGAGAAGCAAGACCUGGAAGCCAAUGAACCGCUGGACAUUCGCCCACAGAACGCAAAGCAGCCCCCGGUGCCGCCGGCCAACGCGUCUCGAGAGAGAGGACUGCACGAACAAGCAAACACGGCACAGGCAAGCGGAUCCUCAGUCUGUUCACGGUGGGAGCACAGAGGGGGCUGAGCAGAGGCGAGGGGGGCUGGGGAGCAGGGUGCCGGGGGGCGCGCGGAGGUGAGGCCCUGGGGGAGGCACACGCCUCGUGAUUCAGAGGGGUGUCUUUCUUGGAGGGGGUGGGUCAGGGUUGAAACCCGGGCGUGUCAGGUGCAUGCGUGCGUGAUUUGUGUGUGUGUGUGUGUGUGUUUGCACAUGCUUGUCAGGGAGGAGUCGGAGGGUGGAGGGGGUACUUCACCAAACGAAAACUACGUUCCAGAAACUCACGGCACAUCCAGGAAAUGCUAGAUCACGCAGACGUCAUGCAAAAAGAGUGCAACUCGGAUCACAUGACGUUUUGUUUGUCUUUCCAAAUAAUAAUAAUAAUAAUAAUGAUAAUAAUAAUAAUAAUAAAGAAUACAACCACUGUUUGUUCAUUCCAUAGGAUGCAACUUACAAGGGGGCGGAGCUAGGUCUCCCGCGACAGCGAAGGGUGGCUUAGCAACAGAGUCGUCUCAAGAUAUGAUUGGAACCCUGCCGAGGGAGGGAGGGAGGUGGGCGUGGUUUCGAGCAGCAAAGAAAGAAAACGGGAGUUUGGUUUCUUCACAGUCUUUGUGUGCUUUUUUAAAAAAGAAUAAUAUAUAUUUUUUUUUAACUCGUCCUUUCCCCCCUUGCGUUUUAGCAUUUUGGAAAGAAAAGGAUAAAAAAAGACAUUUAAUCAGAGAAAACAACACUGCCACUUACACAUUGAAAGAGACAAGACAGGGGGCCGGCCUCGCUAGUGAAGUUUCCCAGCAGCGGGGGGCGGUGGGGAGCCUUCCGGCCGUUCUCCCGGCCGGCUUGGGGAGCGCGGGGAGGAGGCCUUAAAUGACCUCCGGGCUGCGGCCGCCUCGCGUGCCUUGGCCGUCUUGCCCAGUUCCAACCCAUCCCCCUGUUUUCCGGCCGCCGUCCAGGAGCGGGGAGGCCCCUCAUGCGCAGGGGCCCUGCGGCGAUGCUUGGCAGGGGGCCUGCUGCCGUGCCAAGGGGGCCGCUCCGCGCCUCUGGCCAGUGGCCGUGCCGUGGCCAGCCUGGCAGCGCGAGCCCGCAGCUGCCGGUGGCCGGCCGGCCGGCCCUGAGGCGUCCCAGGACUUUCGCAAGCACGGGGCUCCUCCUCGGGCCCCGGCUGGCCACACGGGGCCACUGCCCGGCUGGCUGGACAGCGUGGGUGUGCCCCAAGAGACCUGGGCAUCGCCCCCCACGCGGGCUGCCCCUCGCAGCCCCACCGACCUCGAGGGCUGUUCUGCGAACAGCAGGGACGGUGCCUGAGGGGUCGGCGGCUGAAGGCGUCCCCCUCUGGCACGCGGGUCACUGCCGGCGGACCUGGAUUCCUCCUUGGCCACCCCGGCAUCGAACCGUCGCACGGGCCAGCGGCGUGCGUGUGCCUGGCGAGAGGGCGCAGGGAGGAUUCGUGGCCUUCCCGUACAAGGCAAGGCCAUCUGACCAAGACAUCCAGAACUGCUCCUCAGCCCCGCUUUCCAAGCACGUCUCUGUUAAUACUCUGACACGCAGCCACGUUCUGUGGGGCCGCGGGAAGCACCCACUGUUCAGAUACUUCCCCGGCUGGGGAAUGGGACCUGAUCCGACUUGCCUGCUUACAAGGCUUCCCUUGCCUGCCGGGCCCUGAGAGGCCUCCUCUGUGGCACCCAGACGGGAAAUGGCCGCCGCUGAUGGAGCAGCUACUGAAACCCAGCCGGGGCAAACGCCGCCCGCCCGCCCUGCGUGGAGCUGCCGCUUGAAUGUGAAAAGUCCUAUUUCCGGGAGAAAUUAAGUGCAGGAGGGCGGACACGCGGGGCACCCCCAAAGCCCUGUGCUACCGACAACGGACACAAGAAAGGUAAAUGGAAUUGCUUCACAAUUCACUGCAAGGGACUUUUGUUUCAGACUACAGGUGGAAAAUACACACACACACACACACAAGAACAAAGUGGUCGAUCAAGUGACACGUCACACCACAGAGGGACACUCGCGGACUCUUCUGCUCGCCCUCUCCCUCCCCGCCACCGCAUGCAGGGACCCACCAUGGCUCCGCUGCGAGCGGGGCCUGGGCCAGGCGGACCCUCCUGCCCCACAGAGCGGGGUUUGCGGGGGGGGGGGGUCAGCUGGAAGACCUGGGUUCCCAGGUUCUGCGUUCUUGGCAGGACCAAGGGAAAUGGGCAAAGCGGAGCCCAGGCAUUGGCUGCAUCGGCACAGGCAACCUUCCCGGCUGGCGCGGCUGGUGGCGUCCCUUCCUCUGCCCCACAUACAGCCAGCUCCCUCCAGAGCUGCACAGCGGCAGCCCUGUUUAUUUUGACAGAGGGUGGGAAUCCUUUCCUGCUUUGCAAAGUGCCUUAGAAACCGACAGCACAAUACAAGAAUGAUGGUGAAAAUACAGUAUUUUUUUCUAUUCAAGUGACCAUUUUCCGAGAUUCCUAGUCGGAGGCCUGCGUGUUUUCUUCUUCUUCCCUUUACAAUUAAUAAUGCAUUUUGAAGGAAAAGUUUUUGCAGUGUGGAGUUUAUCCUUUCUGUUUUCAGUAUUAUUAAGGGCAGGAAGAACCUCCACACACCAUGUUUGCGUUCUGCAAAUCCCCUGGCUCUGGACCCAUAAAGCGGCACCAAAUUUUCAAUUCAAGUAAUGAAUUCAUACAGCUCAUUUCCUUGAAACUAACAAGCAGGAAUGGGGAUGUGACGUUUCGGUUUCUCAGUCUCAACAUUAAUGGCGGGGCACUGGUAUAGUUUGAGGGAGGAAGCUGAGAGUUUUAAAAUGAGUUUGGAGAAUCCCUGUUACUCAUCUCAGUGUAUUAACCACAGGUAAUUCUCAGACUGUUUGCCGGCGUGCAAGAGGUUCCCAUGAAAAAUAACACGCAGAGUGAACCCGAGGUCCUUGGCUGCACCUGCUCUGCGAAGACGCUGCCCACAGCAGCUCUGGGGCAUGUGGACCGAAUGCUGUUUGCCGGCUCCUUCCAGACUGGACGGCCAGACCUCACAGCAGUCCACGCAGCGCGGGAGCGGAGACCCUCGAGGCCAGGUUGGUGUCCUUCCAGUCCCAAGCCACAGAGCGGCGUUCUGCCGCGGCUUCCCUCCUCAGACCUUGCCAGCCAGUCCGGAAGGGCCUUUUGUCCUGAAGGGGGACCGGGUUCUGGGCUGGAAGUAUCCAGCAGCUCGGCCUCCAAACACCUCGCCUGCUCUGGCUGGGUCACGUUUUGGUGAUGUUCCAAGCAAAGGUACCCACCUGAUGGGCAGCAGUUCAGUACGGCCGGUUGGCGUCUUUGGGCCGCUUAAGCUGGACCUUGAGGCGCUUCAUCCCGAUCUGGAAGCCGUUCAUGGCCUGGAUGGCGGCCUGAGCGCUGGCAGGAUUGUCGAAACUUACAAAUCCUGAGCAGGGAGAAAAAUGGAGAAGAGGGGUGGGGGGCAAGCAUCCACUGAGACCUCACAGCAGACGGGGAUGCUGUGGUGGCAUAUAAGGGUAGGAAUAUGGCAUUCCGCCUCACUGAAAGCUCUUUUUAAUGAAGAGUAAAGUUUCUAGUCCUUAGGCUAGGAGCCAUGAAGAUAAUGCUGGCUUGGAAAGCUCACAAGCCAGGCUUUGAGAGGAGGGGAAGACUUAGGACCCGGCAUCGCUUCCUGUGACUAGCAAGCCCCAGAACGCAUCAUGCAAUGCUCAUAAUUCCAGAUCAAAACCCCUAAGGUGAUGGGGACGGUGUGAGUCAAUACAAGGAGCUGGCCUGCUACGGCUGGCUCCAGAAGUUCCUGGAGUUCCCAGGAUAGGUAACCAAAGCUCGGGGUUCAGAGAGCAUUCUUGGGGUAGCAAGUAAACAGCUGCCCCCCCCCCAGCCCCACAGAAACGCCAGCCACACAGUCAAGUUUCAGGGCACGUGAGUGGGUUGGUUGGGGGCUGUCGCCCUGGAAUAGGAGACUUUGCUACCUCCUUCCUUUCCUUUUGGCUGUCCAUACCGAAACAUUUGCUCUGGUUGGUGGCCCUGUCCACGAAGACUUUGGCAGAGAUAACGUUCCCAAAGGGGAGGAACAUCUGCAAGAUUUCGGAGUCCGUGAACUCCUGUGGCAGGUGAUAGAUGAAGAUGUUGCAGCCCUCGGGACCUGCAAAAGAACAGCAAGGAGCGGGAUGGAGCCGCGGGAAAGAAAAUUCGGAAGGGCGGGAGAAGCGUCAGCUGAGGACUUGCGGGGAUGUGGGGGAGUCUCGUCAAGAUGGAGGAAGCGUCCUGCUGGAUCGGGCCCAGGUGUUCUGCGCACACAGCGGCCUGUUGCUCACGUCGGGGAGCUUGUGGAAAGCGCUCGGGAAGGAUGCGAGGGCCGCAGCACCCCUGCUUUCCAGAUGAACCAACUGUGAAGGUUUGCUGGCUUACUUGAAAACGCUUCGGGUGCAACUGCUCCUGGGGACGGCUGGGAUUUGUGGCAAGGACAUGAUUGGGUCCUUAGUCACUUUCCUGAGCCAGCCAGCCUCGGGUUGAGGCCUGGGUAACUGUAAAACCCCCGAGUGGCUGCCCUGAGCUCUCCGCUCUGCCAGCGGAUUGGUGGUGCCGGCGCUGUGGCUUUUAAAUCGUUUGCAUUCGCAAAACGUUUUACACUGCUAUUUAAAAUUAUUUGUCCUUUGGAUGUGGUUUUUCUGCCGUGACAUGUAUUUUCUCCUAAUCAACAACCUUGUGAGAGCUUUGUCCUAAAAUUUAGACAAGAUUUUAUUAAAAAAAAUGGACUAAAAUAAAAUCUGUUUCCUCAACUAA